UAUUCCUACAUAUUUUAUUUUAUUUUAAAGUUCGAGUCUAGUUUACUACAAUAAUCAUAGCAGAGAACAACAAACAGUCUAGACAAUACAAAACUAGAUAGAUUUUGAAGAAAUGUGCUAAAAAUUUAUAUAACUUUACAAAUUUAUUUUUAUCAAUCAAUGAUCUCAAAAUAAAAUGUCAGAAGUUGCAUUAUCAACUGUCGCUAAAACUGGUGCAUACAAAUAUGAAGAUGGCUGUCGAUAUAUCGGAGAUUGGAAUUCUCGCGGACAAAAGCAUGGUUUAGGACAUUUAGAAUUUGCUGAUGGUACUCGAUAUGAUGGUGGUUUCAAUAAUGGCCUGUGUUCCGGAUUGGGUGUAAUGUGUUUUCCCGAUGGUGCAAAAUAUGAAGGUGAAUUUAUGCAAGGUUGGUUUCAUGGCCACGGGGUAUUUUGGCGUUCGGAUGGUAUGAAAUUUGAAGGGGAAUUUCGUGGUGGACGAAUAUGGGGUUUAGGAAUUGUCACAUUUAGUGAUGGAAGCCAUGGAUUUCCACGAAAUGAAGGAUUUUUCCAAGAUUGUCGAUUAAUCCGAAAAAAACGCUGUCCGGAAGUGGUACAAUGUGCUCAAAAAGUUGCACUUAUGGCACGAGCUCAAUGUGAUGCAGCUUAAACUAUAUUUUAAGGAAUUGUAGGGCAGAUUGUAUGUUGAAAUACUAAACAUAAUAAUUAGUUGGAAUUUUU